AUGCGAAAUGCUGUGUCGCUCUUAUUUCUCUUACUGACACAGACAUUUAUUAGCGGUAAGUUGCAAAAUUUUAUGGGCCUUAAAAAUAAAUGAAUUUUUGCAGGCUACGAUCCGAUAGAAGAAGCCGAAAAACUAUUAGAAGAAGAUGUGAUACCGGCGAUACAAGCGCAAUAUUACAAAUACCGAAAAAACCCGCGCAUCAAGCCGCAUUUUAAUGUGAGCAAUCUGCGAAUUUGUCGCUGCACACCGUCGUGGAAUUGUGGACUUACUGAUGGCUGGACUUACCGUAUCUUGGAAUUAACUAAGCCGAGAGAGUUCUUGGAUCGUUGGCGGGUAAGACAGCAUUGUUUUGAAUCGGGAAAAAUCGUGCCGCACUUUGCAAAAAGAGGCGUGGUUUAUCGGGCGAAAAAAUAUAGAAAUGACAAAAAUUCGGAAUUCAAUUCACGUUUUUCAAAUCAGUAAAUUUGACGUGACUUCACCAAGCUUUAUUUAGAAAUCAUCAUUUCGAUCCAAAAAUUGACACGAAAACCACGCCGCAUUUUGCAAAAGGGGCGUGGCUUGCAAAAUAAUAUUCUUAUAGGAAACAUGCGUGACUGAUGGCGACUGUAUCCAGGUGCAAGAGAACCGUGGUUCGCCAGCUUUCGGUUGCCUCGAUUUGGGUAAUGUAGACACGGAUUUGCACGGUCAACUGAAUUUGGAACGAGUCAUUUGCCGAAAUCGCACAAAUCCGCAAUUGAAGGAGGAACAUUAUUGGAUUUGUUGCAAUGAUCGAAGUUAUUGCGCGAAUGAGACGGUUUUUCAAGAGGUGCGCAUGGCUGAUUUUUAAUAAAAUACAUGUGGUUUAUAUUUGGACAUCAACUUAAUGACAUUUUCAUGUUUUUUAAGCAAAUGAGUUGAGAUAUUGGGUUCUAAUGUUAUUCAUAUAGACUGGUCUAAGACGAACAGAAUGAUAUAAAUUUUGAUGACUUUACGUUAUCCAUAAGUGAUUUAAGGAGGUUUAGUCGAUCGACUCGGCUUAUCGACUUAACCUCGCUGAAUCACUUAUGAAUAACGUAAAGUCAUCAAAAUUUAGAUCAUUCUGUUCGUGUUCGACCAUUCUAUCAUAUGAAUAACAUUAGAACCCAAUAUUUCAACUCAAUUGCUUAAAAAACCUGAAAAUGUCAUUUAGUCGAUGUCCAACUAUACCGCUGAUCACGAUUCCGCUAGCUGAAAUUGCAGAAUUCGACUUCUUCUAUGAGUUAUGACGUGGCGAUGAUUUUCACGCAAAUCUAAUAGGAGUUUGUAUGAGAAUCAUUUUUGAAGCUCAUAAAAUCCCGCCACGUCAUAACUCAUAUUAGAAGUCGAGUUCUGCAAUUUUAGUCAGCGGAAUUGUGAUAAGCGGGUCUAGAAAACAUAGAUUUUAUCAAACAUCUAGAGUGCUGUGUAAACUUAAUUUUCAGGAAGUAACUACACGGCCGUCAAAACCCUUCAGUGUGAAAAAAUACAUCAAAGAUAAUGUCUUCUCGAUCAUAUUAAUUAUGGGUAUACUUUUGGUAAGCUUUAGACUCCGCCCACCUGCAACUCUCGCACACUUUUCUUUUUGUUUUGCAGGCCAUCGCAGGAGGCACCGCUUUUCAUUAUCGCAAAAAAUCAAGAGCAACUCACCAACCACUUCCUCCUCUUGAAAUGCAAUCACUACGACCCGAUUCGCUUGUGCAACAGAGCAAUGGAGAUGCACUCGCCAGCGAUUCGGAUCACAGUCGACAAUCAACACUCAAUACGACGCCGGGAGAAGUUGCGUCAACUUCGAAUGGCUUGCGUGACUAUGCGAAUACUGGAUCGUCUGAUGCGUCGCGGCUCGCACCGUCUAUGAUGACGGAAAUGACGGGAGUUACCGAAUCCACGGAUCAGUAAGCAGCGAAAAUUUGGGAUUUAGUUCUCAUAAACACGUGCCGUAAAAUUGCAGAAUCAACACACUUCUCAAUGAUCCGAAACUAAAACUAUUACGAGAUCUGGAAUCAACGAUGGGCUCAUCAGGCGCUGGCCUAACACUACUUCAGCCCAAAUCGCUGGCCCACCAAAUUCAACGCGAAAAAGCGAUUGGCGAAGGCCGAUUUGGGAACGUGUUUUUGGGCCAUUUUGAUGGUGAAGAUGUGGCUGUCAAAAUUUUCAAAGUCGAAGAUGAGGCGGCGUAUUUGAAGGAGGUCUCUGUUUAUCAGCUUUCUGCCCUGCGACAUCCGAAUUUGCUUCGAUUUAUUGGAAACGAUCGAUGUGGUGGGAUAUCAGGGAAACAUUGCUCAGAUUUGGGGUUUCUAAAAAAUAUAGGCUCCGGCCUUUUUCGCUUUAUGCUCAUCUCAUCUAGAGCUUUUGUUUGACACCCAACAUGACCAGCUUUCUAGAAAAAUUUAGGCUCCGCCCCUUUCUGCUAUGUGCGGCAUGGUUUUUUGAAAUUCAUGAAAUUGCAAGAAAUUGAUAUUUUUCAAAUCGGAACUUUUUUAUAAAUUCAGUAUUAACAAAGGAAAAUUGAAAUCCUCGAAAUUUUUCGGAAAAUUCAAGAUUUUGAUAAUUUCGAAUCGAAAUAUCUACCGUACCAAACUUGUAGAAAUAGACGUGGCCUAAAUGUCAUCUGAUUCUUUCUCACCUCAUCUAGAGCUUCUGUUUGACACCCAACAUGACCAGCUUUCUAGAAAAAUUUAGGCUCCGCCCCUUUUGUUAUGUGCGGCACGGUUUUUUGAAAAUUUCGAAACCGUUUGAUUUUUAUAUUUUUCGAAUCGGAAAAGCUACCUGAAUCCAGUGUUGACAAUAAAAACCAAUGAAAUCUUGCAAUUCUUGCAGACAUUGACGGCCGAACUGAACUGUGGCUUCUCACCGAAUACCACGAACGCGGCUCACUCUACGACUUUUUGCAAGCGCGCACCGUGGACUUGAAUUUGUGCUACGAUCUGAUCAGAUCAAUGGCCAACGGUGUCGCGUUUUUGCAUCACGAAUUUGUGACUGGCCGCUGUACGACAAAACCGAGUGUGGUUCAUCGUGACAUCAAAACUCGGAAUAUAAUGGUGAAGAAUGAUUUGACGUGUGCGAUUGGGGAUUUGGGAUUGGCGGUGGGUUUUUUGGGUAUGGGAAGAGCUUCAGUUUGAUACCCAAUAAGGCCUAGUUUUGAGAAAAAAUAGGCUCCGCCCCUUUUCAGUAAGUGCGGCACGGUUUUUUUAGAAUUCUGAAAUUCAAUUUUUUUUAGAUGAUUCUAUUUCCCAUGGUCUCCUGAAUCCAUUUUUGACACUAACAUCUUCAAAAAGUCGACUUUUUGCAGGUAACAAUGAACAACGAGACUGGCGAAAUGCUCUACAACGAUACGGACAAAUUCGGCACCACUCGCUAUUUGGCACCAGAAAUAUUGGCCGACAUCAUGUCACCCAACACUUUUGAAGCCUUGCGAAUGGCCGAUGUCUACUCAUUUGGCUUGUGUUGUUGGGAGGUGAUGGCGAGAUGCACAAUGGAAGAGGCUCAGAUUUUUGCGGGUAGGUGGAAUGCUCACCUCUAGAGCUUCUGUUUGACACCCAACAGAACCUAGUUUUCAAAAAUGUUAAGCUCCGCCCCUUUUUGCAAAGUGCCGCACAGUUUUUCUAAAACCAAAUUUUUAGUUGAACCCGAAAUGGCAAUUCCAUACGCCGAGUACGUCAAUCGAGAUCCAACAUGGGAAGAGAUGCGCGAAAUUGUCUACGACAAACAUUUGCGGCCAACUUGCAAUCCACUUUGGUUCGAAAAUGAGGUAUGAAAGCCACGCCCAUUUUUCUGUACAAAUCGCACCAUUUUUUCCAGAGAUUCGUCGAGCUCGAUCGAUUGCUGCAAGAUUGUUGGGGUGGAAAUCCGACGUCGAGAUUGACGGCGGUUCAAGUUCGCAUGCGAAUCGAACGAAUUCAGCCAGAUGUUGUUGGAUUAAGAAAGAUUGUGGAGGAAGAGGCCGCGAUUUCAGGUUAGUUGCGUUUUUUUUCGCGGGCUGUGAAAUGAUACCAAACAUGCGCCAAAAGAAAAGUGUGCCAGGCUUGCAGAAUGGGGAGUGGCCUAAAUUUUGCUGGAUUCUUUCUCAGCUCAUCCUGGGCAUCAGUUUGACACUGAACAUGACCUUGUUUUCAAAAAAUAACUCAGGCUCCGCCCUUUUUCCCUAUGUGCGGCACGGUUUUUUGAAUACAUAUUUCUGACCCAUUUGACUUGCGGAGAGUGAUUUCGAUAAUGAAAAUAGGAUUUUAAUCGAAAUGGUUAGGCUCCGCCCCCUUUUGCAAUGUGCGGCGCGGUUUUUGGCAUCUUUCUAGUCGUGCUAUCUUGUUUUUGACAAAGAAAUUGUGAAAUUUGCAAUUUGGCGGCAUAUGGUGUCAUUCCAAAGCUCUAAGCCCCGCCCACAUUUCUGUGCCCUCAGAAAAAAAAUCGAUUUUUCCUCCAGAUAAUCCAGAAGAGCCACUGAUUGAAAAAACCGAAUAA